UUGCUUUGGAUUCAAAUGUUCGAGUGAAGAGAUAAAAUCUUUGGUGUUUCGAGUGAAGUUGCUUCGGAUUCAUAAGAUAAUGGAUUAUCUCUCGGGUUCCUCUCCGCACAUUAAGAGUGGAGCAGUGUCUGCACUAUCUCUAAUGGUAUAUAAUGAUCCGAAUGUCUGCUUUUUGAUACCUGAUCUGGUCCCAUCAGUUCUACAAUUGCUGCAGAGUAAAGCUGUGGAGGUCAUAAAAGCUGCUUUAGGCUUUGUGAAAGUAUUAGUGUCGGGACUUCAAGCAAAAGAUCUGCAAAACUUUCUCUCCGGUAUUAUUAAUGGAGUUCUUCCAUGGUCAUCUACCUCAUGGCAUCAUUUCAGAUCAAAACUAUGCUUACUUUUUAUGCACAGAUGUAUUUAUGUCACGGUCAUACUAGAGAUUGCGAUGCGGAAGUCUGGGUCUGCAGUAGUUAAGUUACUUACACCUGAUAAAUAUAGAAAUUUUGUGAAGAUCAUUAUGGAGAAUCAUCAUGUUAAGGCAAACUCAAAAGAAGAUGGCACUACCGAAGCGGAAUUGAAAUCUUUCAGAUUUCUCUUCUAUGGGAGCUCUGUUGGGUCAAAGUCAUCUGGGAAAAGAAUAGAUGGGUCAGAGUUUCUUGAGAAUGUGUUGUAUUUAGAGUUUAGUUUUGGGAUCACUAUCAAGAGAAUUUUUCUUAACCACUACCCACUAUCCACCAUUGAACCAAUCCCCACCAUAGACCCUGCAAACCCACUCUACAGCUCUCGAAGCCAGGUCACAGCCACCCCACAGACACCACCACAGCCCCAACAUUCGUCACUACCACCGCCAAAUAGCCAACUAGCCUUCGAGCCACCCAUAGGGGAUUCGAGCCACCCAUGGAGGAUUUCGAAGGUUCUGACAGUUCUUCCUCUAACAAUCCCAAAAAUUCCUCUGCUCAUUCAGACCAAAUACCAAGCAGCUUCCGUGCCAUAA